GUUAUUCCCAUCGCUAGCAAUUACAGCUGUCCAUUGAUCACUAUGUUUUCCAUGCUCGACGACACGCGCUUGAAGGAGGCCAAGAAGCUCCUGCAAGACCUGGUAGAAGACAAUCGCGUACUCUUCGCCGCUCUCGAACGCACGAGAAGUAUCUCCCGGGCCAUCGACUCGAUUGGUACGGUGGUUGGCGCCACCCCGGAGUCGCAACGUCGACUCGCCCUCCUGGCAGACCUGGACCGCGCGGCAGCAGGAAAUUUUGAGCUCGCCAGCCUAUUCUGGAAUCAGAGAGACAUCCAAUCCAUGACCGAUGCAGCCGGUUGCUAUAGCCUUCUGCUGGGCCGCGAGGAAGCCGGCGUGGAGGACUUCCAGACGAGAUUGUUUGCAGAACAGCCGACGGCGACGAUCUACAGCUUAGUAUGCUCUGGACACCUCACCGUCCAACCUGCAACCAUCCAGACCGUGGUGGUCUCUAUGCUCGAGACAGCCAUGUCCACUGGGUUUAAUAUCGCCCACGACCCGGUCAACCAUCUGCUCGAUAACCUGGAUGAAUUGAGUUCUGAGACCGAUGUCGAGGCACUGAAGACCUUUUUCCGAAAACUACAGAGACUGCAGGCCCUGGUGCGACUGCCAGAGGAUCUUGAUGCGCUGCUGCGGUCGUCAUUCAUGUCGGCGCAUCAGAUCGCCCACACGCCGAGGCACUCGUUCGUCAGUGCUAUCGGUCACUACGGCAUGCCAGCUGAGCGCGCCGUUGGCAUCCACGACCACGCAAUUCUCGUGGACAUGCGCAACGAGCAAGUGUGGACAGAGCUUCUGGCAUCAAGAAACGAUGUCUCGCUAGCCGCCUUGGCUCGCCCGGAGGUCGCGCAGUCAGCAUUGACACCCUCAACACCUACAGACGUCUCGCAGCAGGUCACCAGCUACACACAGAUCUUUGGCGACGUGACGAUCGGGGCCUGUGACGACUACAACUCGGUCACCAGCGCUGCGGCCUAUUUUGUGGACCUGCUCCGAAUGCUGAGGAACACGCCCAGCGAUACCACUCAGCCCGAAUCGCCCAGUCUCCUCGACAAGCUGGCGACCCGACGGCCGGACCUGUUGACGCUGCAGCUGUCCUGUGUCAAUACCAACGUCCUGAUCCCGUACAUCGACCUCGCCAACGAGGCGAUGGAAUCGUUCAUCAAGAACGUCGGCACCCUCCUUCCGCCGUCGCCCGUCCCGAUCCAGGGUUUCAACAUGACGGACCAAGACACCAGUGAGGUCAGUCUUGCCGAGCCCCAGCACACCGACUACAGCGUCUAUCGCGAUCAAAUCGCGACCCGGGCCUUUCCGCUCACGGUCUUUCCAUACAGCCAAGCGCUCGAUCUCCAGCGCCUCUUCUUCACGCAUCUGAACGCAUCGCUGGCCGACGUCAUGAUGCUCUUUGGCUCUGCAUCCCGACUGUUGCCUGCCGCAGAGGAUAGCGCGACAGCGGACACGCAGCAACUCGCUGAAGACGUGUUGCAGAGCGCGUGGGCAGCCGAGUACCUAGGGCUCUCACCCGCUGAUCAUGUGGCCAUCACCGGCACUUCUAUCUUCUCCCUCGAAUUCCUCAAAGCGGUCUAUGACCCGAGCAUGCAAGAAGAGGCAUACAAUAAAAGGAUUUGCCGGUUAGGGACUGCGGAGUACUGGGGUUACGAGGCAGCCGACGGACAUACGGCCGAGGAGCUGAUGCUGUCAGAGGAGAACGAACAGGGACUGCCGUUCGUCAAGGCCCAGCUGCUACGCCGGGCGGAAAUCACGGUGGCGGACCUUCUGAAUCUGCUCCGUGGGCGACUGCUUCAGCGCCAGCUCGUGCUCGAGACCGCAGGUGGCUCAGGCACCUUCUCUGGCAAGCUCGAAGACCUGCGUUUGCGUCACCCGACGAGCGACAACGCAAAGGCACAGCUGACAGAGCCGGAUUGUCGGCACCUGCAGUCCUAUAUCCGGCUCUGGCGCCGGACCGGAUGGACGUUACAAGACCUCGACUGCCUGGUUGUUUCGUUUGGCAGCGAUGAUGAAGCGAACGGCAUGCGUGUCGUCACGGCGCAGACCAUUAAGGCGAUGGCAGCGGUGCAGCGCAUCGCGACGCUGACUGGCGUCGAUAUCUUCACGCUCAUGCCGCUGUGGGGGCUCAUGGACACGAAUGGGGACCAGUCUCUAUACGCAAGACUCUUCCUGAAAGGCAAGGCUGGCCGGCCGGAUCCGGUGUUCGGACCGGACGCUCAAGGAAACUAUCUCACAGCCGGUGCCAGUCUUACGACGAACCGCGCGCCGCUCCUAGCAGCCUGCGGACUGACAGAAGAGGGCUUCGCGGCUGUUGUCGCGGCGGCGAAGAUCACCAACGACACACUGGACCUGACCAACGUAACGGCCGUCUACCGUAUCGCCGUCUUCUGUCAAUUGCUCGCCAUCGAUCCAGUCGACUUUGUCAGCGUGCAGACCGUCUUAGAUCCGAGCCAGACCGCGUUUUUGAGCCCCCAGGCGGCACUGGACAUCAUCCAGCAGGUACAGCAGUGGACCGAUGCUGGGCUCAACUUGGAGCAGCUGCUGUUCUUCACCGGCAACGAUGCGGCCCUCCGUGCAAGGCAAUCGGAUGCUGAGCUCUCCAUCCAGCAAGUCGCGGUCGCCGCUUCGGACAUCAUAGUCAACAUCCAGAGCCGGAUAGCCACCUUGCCGGCUAUGGAUGCAAACACGACGACCGCGGCGCCGUCGGACGUCGCGACUGCUGCGGCGGCGCUUUACGACCACGCAACGGCGCAGCUGGCUAUGGCAUUCAUUGAGAUGCUUUCUGGGACACCCCUUACUGAAGAUUCCACGGUGUAUCAGAGUGUUCUGCUCCCCUACUUCUCCAGUGAUGCUGAAGCCGCACACAAGGUCUUCUUCGAGCAGCCAGAUCCCACCGGAACGGAUGAAGAGAAGGCCAUUGCACGCGAAGAGAUACUCAAUUCUCGCCGGGUGUUCUUUCUGCAGCACGUCAUCGGACCGCUUCACGCGCGGGUAGCCAAGGAUGCAGUACUUCAAUCCAUCACGCCCCUGUUCCCAGACGCGAAGUCGGCAGUGCUCAGUCUAUUACUCGAGAUGAUCCAGGAGCCGGAGUCGCAGGACAGUCGUGCAUCCCGCACGUUCAUCUUGGCUGUCCUCAGCAGCCUCGCCACGUCCAACGCGGCGGCUCUCGGAAAGAACUCAUCAGACGUCUUCUUCCGACCCUCGACCGCAGACCUGUAUCGCUUUUUCAUCCCCGACACGGCCCUUUCCGCCAGCCCCAAGGUGACCUUGGAUGGCAGCAUCGUACUUUUCGAUCAAGGCACCGGGGGGUGGACGUCCAAGCCGGUCCGCCUCUCGAACGGACAAGCGUACAGCUUACGUCGCUCUGACGGCGGCGGGCUGGCCAACAGCUCAUACUUGACAGAGCGCAGUCCCAGUCAAUCUUUCCCGCUUGGCGCGUUGCUGGCACACGAGACGGUUGACCUGGCGCAGACGGUCUUGCGAUUGCUCUCCCGGGCGGUCCAUCUGUCCACGAGCUUUGAGCUGAGCCUGGACGAGGUGCAAUUCUUCCAAGACCAAUCCUCCAACAAUGGUCUGUCGAUGGACUGGGGAAAUGUUGAUUACCCGGCCGUCCAGCGGGUCAAGAGCUACCGGGAGAUGUCUCGUCGGCUGAAUGGGACAACGACCCUCCUGGACUUCCUGAAGUGGACUCAGGUCUCUCCCCGGGAGGGCAGCCUAGUCAGCAGUCUUACCAGCCUCACGAAGCUGUCUGCAUCGCUGAUUACUGACUAUCUGGAGCAGCGGUUCGCGCAUCUCAGUGAACAACAACUGAUCGAGGUGUUUGCGGAAACAGCAGAAAUCGCACGGCUCCUGGAUCGCGUCGCAUUCAUGAACCGCACAGGCGUGCCUGGUUUAACUCUCAAGCUCUUAUUCACGCUCGCGACACCGGUGCCUCCACCGACUGCGUCGACGGACUUUGACAACGCGGCCCAGCUUCGGCUGCUUCUGCAGUCAACGCCGCCCUCCCCAAAUGGUGCGGAUCUGGCGACGCAGGUCAACGGCGGGCUGCGAGUACAUCAGCGCGACGCCCUGGUCAAUUACCUCCUUCAUCAUCCGUACAUCACAGAACGCGGCAUCGCCGAUGCCGACGGGCUGUUCGAGUUCCUGCUCAUCGACGUGCAGAUGGGCGCGUGUCUCCAGACGUCUCGUAUCAAGCAGGCCAUCUCGACGGUGCAGGUAUAUGUUCGCCGGUGCAUCCUCGGCCUCGAAAAGGCGGAGCAGGUCGCCAGUAACACGGUCAACCUCGACCGUUGGGCCUGGAUUGAGAGCUACCGGCUGUGGGAGGCGAACCGCAAGGUCUUCCUAUACCCGGAAAACUGGCUCGAAGCCAGCCUGCGCGACGACAAGACCGAGAUUUUCCAAGCGCUCGAGUCCGGCAUCCUGCAGAACGACCUCGACAGCGCCAAAAUCGUCGAUCUCGUCAAGGCCUACGUGUAUGGCGUCGACGCUAUCGCGGACCUGGACGUGCAGGCCUACCUGUGGAAGAAGGUCGAGGAUUACACAGGCAGCUUCCACUUCUUUGCCCGCACCAGGACGGCUCCGUAUAUCUACUACUACCGGACCCUGGACAUCGUGCCGAAUGCUAGGGGUAGCAGCAUCAAGAUGUACUGGCAGCCCUGGACCAAGAUUGACGUCGAGGUCCCGGUGCACGAGGUCGGCGCCGACGGCAAACCGUUGCCCGUGACGGGCUCAUAUCUCAUUCCGGCGUUAUACGGAGAGCGCCUCUUCCUCUUCUUCCCUCAGAUCACCCUGAAGACAGACCCCAACUCCGCGGUCAAGGACACUACCAUCAAGGAAAUGGGCGAUCAGAAGCCAGACGACAUGAAACCGGCCAAGUACUGGCAGGUCCAGAUCGGCUGGACUGAGUACCGCAAUGGCCGGUGGACGCCGAAGCAGAUCUCGCAGGCCAUUCUCGAGGUCCGAGGCGCCCAGGACACCGACUUCCCGGUUAACGGGCAACCGUCGCCGGCGGACAAUAUCUGGAAGGAGGCACAGAAACUCCCCGAGGUCUCCUCCCUCAAGUUCUGGAUCCGGUCCCGGUCCAGCUCCUCGAUCCCUUCGAGUGCAUCGGGGUCUUCGCCGCGGCCCAGGAGCGCUCCAGCCCCGAGCACCAGUAUUUUGGUCAUCGAGGUGGAGCGCUGGAUUUGCGCCCAGGAGGACGGGAAGGAGCCACAGUUCCUCAACUAUCCACUCGGCCGGUUCGAAAUGCGCGGGUCACAGGUCAUUCUCGCCGAUCUCAGCGCCUCGUCGGACAAAACCGAUCCCUUCUUGGCUCCCUGGCGGCCCACCAUCCCUACUGUCUUUGCAAAGAUGUCGUAUCACAUGGAAAAGGCCUCGGACAGCCAGACUCCGGGCCUCAGCAUUGGCCGAGGGGCAGGCAAUAAGGAGCCGCUGCUGGGGAUCGUAACCAAGCUGGUGGACAGCACGCCGAAGAAGGACGUGGUUUGGACUUUGUCUUUCAACGAUUCGCAGGCCCGGAACGCGACCGGCUUUAUUCAGGACAUCGUCACCACGGAGAGCACCAUCUCGUAUGUCACCUACCCGCCCAUCUCGUCCACCACCACCUUUGCGUCUGACGUGUUCCAGCACACGCUAGACCGGGAUCUGGUUUCCAUGUCCACGACGUAUGACGGGGUGGACCAGAUUUAUGCCUUUCUCGCCAGCGUACCAGCGGAUGACAUCUUCCUCGCCUUCGGGAAACGCAACGGGACGGUCCACGAGCUCUCCACCCCCUAUGCCCUCUACAACUGGGAGAUCGGCGCGCACACGGUCAUGCUACUCAUGGAGCGGCUGCAGGUCAACCGGCAGUACGACCUGGCCCUCCAAGUGGCGCACCUGGUGUUCGAUCCCACCGUCGACGGUAGCAGCCUUGACCGCUGCUGGCUGUUCCCGCCCUUCAAGGAACUCGCUGACGGCACCAUUGACUCGAUCGAGGACAUCCUGGGCCGUCUCGAGCCGUCCAGCGGCGACGAAAGCGAAAUGAAGACGAACAUCCUCGACUGGCGAAAGCAUCCAUUCAAUGCCCACAGUGUGGCGCGGAGCCGGCCCCUGGCGUACAUGCGACGCAUCAUCAUCAACUAUAUCGAGAUCCUAAUCGCCAGCGGCGACGUCUACUUCCGGCAGAACACGCUGGAGGCGUUACCCCUUGCGAUCCAACGCUACGUCGAGGCGUCGCACAUAUUUGGCUCGGCCCCGGUGCGGGUUCCACAGCUCGCCAAACCGACAUACCAAUCAUACGCGGACCUCGCCAGCACACUAGACGAUUUCUCUAAUGCCGCCUUCGACAUGGAGCUGGAUUUCCCCUUCGUCAGCGACCCGGCAUCGCGAGGGGCAGGCGCCUCCGGGACGAACGGCGGCCCCGUAGGGCUCACCGGCGUCCUCAAGACGACGUAUUUCUGUGUUCCCGCAAACCCCAAGCUAGUUGAGCUCCGUGAUCUCAUAGACGACCGGUUGUUCAAGAUUCGCCAUUGCCAGGACAUCAACGGCGUGGUCCGUAGUCUGGCCCUCUUCGAGCCGCCCCUGGAUCCGGGCCUCUUGGUCCGGGCGGCGGCGAGUGGCGUGGACAUCUCUCAGCUCGUGGGUAACACGGUAGGCCCCAUGCCCAACUAUCGCUUUCAGUACCUAUUGCAGAAGGCGCUCGAUAUGUGUGCGGAGGUUAAAUCUAUGGGAGCCUCACUGCUGUCCAUCAAAGAACGGAAGGACACCGAAGCGCUGGCAAACCUUCAUGCCCGGCAGGACAAGGUGCUGCAAGGGCUGAUGGUGGAAAUGAAGAAAACGGCAAAAAAAGAAGCGGAGGCCAGCAUCGAUGCGCUCUUGGAAGCCCGUAAGGCCCAGGUAGCCCGCCUCGAAUACUACCUCGCGCUGACCGGGAGCGACGACCGCUCGGCCCCGGAUGAGACACAGGAUUGGGAGGAUAUCACGCAGUCGAUCGAGAAGCCGACGUCAGACGAUCUGCGAAUGACCUCACACGAGAAGCUGGAGAUGGAAAAGGCCGACGCGGCUGCGGUUCUCAACCAAAAAGCCACCGUUCUCGACAUCGCCGCCAGUGUUAUCAAGAUAAUCCCGGACAUUAGCGAAGAAGCGGAGCCCCUCGGUGUUGGGGUCUCUCUCGGCUCCGUCACCAAGAACAUCUGCGAGGCGAUGCUCAUCAAUGCCAGCGUCAUGCGCUUCCAGGCACAGUCCUUCAGCGAGGAGGGUUCUCGUGCCUCCCGCACUGGCUCUCUAAUUCGGCAGCUUCAGGAACGGCGUCUGCAGGCGAAUAUGGCUGGUCGGGACAUCAAGGGGACCGACAAGCAGAUCGCGACGUCUCGCAUCCGGGUCGAGAUGUGCGAACGCGACAUCAAGCUCCAGCAGCAACAAGCCGACUUCGCGCAGGACACUGAGGCCUGGCUCCGGACCAAGUACACCUCCGAGGAGCUGUACGCCUGGAUGGACGGCGUCGUCCGGGACUUGUACCACCAGACCUAUCUCGUUGCAGACGAUCUCGCUCAGAAGGCCCAGGCGGCCUUCCGGUUUGAGAAGGGCGACCAGUCCAUCAACAUCAUCAACUCGCCCUACUGGGACGAUGGCCGGGAUGGCCUAUUCGCCGGUGAAAAUCUCUUCCUCUCGCUCAAGCGCCUUGAGGCGGCGUAUAUGGAGCAGCGCCUGCACGACGUCGAAGUGGUCAAGAACGUCUCGCUCCGCCAGAUUCGGCCGUGGGCGCUGCUGGAGCUGCGCGAGACCGGCACGGCCGAAUUCGAUCUCCCCGAGGUACUCUUCGACUUCGACUUUCCUGGUCACUACUGUCGCCGCAUCAAGUCCAUCAGCAUGACCGUCCCCUGUCUUGUGGGUCCCUACACCGGCGUCAACGCGACUUUGACGCUCCUCGAGCACUCUUACCGGGUCAAGUCCGACGCCAAAAACGCGAAGGACUAUCCCCGACAAUCGGACGACGCGCGCUUUCAAACCGACCGCGUGCCCAUCGCCUCCAUCGCCGUCAGCCACGGUCAGCAGGACAGCGGCGUCUUCAACCUCGACUUCCGCGACGAGCGGUACAUCCCCUUCGAAGGGGCGGGCGCGGUGAGCAGAUGGCGGCUCGAGCUUCCGACCGCGGUGAAGCAGUUCGACUACAACACCAUCAGCGACAUUGUCCUGCAGGUCAAAUACACGGCGGUACAGGGCGGCGCUGCCUUCCACAAGGCCGCGUCCGACGCCGCAAUCGCGUUCCAGAAAACGGCCGCCGGUCUGUCGCAAACCGAGGGCCUGUUUGCCCUUCUGGACCUGAAGAACGACUUCCCGACCGAAUGGCAGCGUCUGGUCUCGUCGGACAAGACAAAGCCGGCGACCAUGCCGCUGCUUUCCCUGCAGGACCGUCUGCCAUUCUUCACCAGGGGUCAAAAGGUAAAGGCCGAGACUAUCUCGGUCCUGCUCGCCGCAGACUCAGACUCCGGGGUAAAUAUGGCGCAAGAUAUCGCCCUAACUGCGUCGAGUCAAAUUCCUCUGGAGGCUGGCACUGCAAUCGGGUCAUACCAGGUCGCCAUGGCGGCAGAUCAGAAGGUCACCGUUGCCGACUGGAGCCUCACGCUUUCGGCCAAUGCGAUGAGUGCGAAUGUCGAGAGAAUCAUCAUUCUGUUUAGAUAUAUCAUGUAG